UGAAACCGAUUUCGAUGGUAAACAAAGCGAAAAAAUAGAAAUUUUUGUCAUUUUAAGGCUUUUUACUACAAUUUCUUGCUGUAAAAUCACUUCACACCGCUAAUUUAUUGACUAAAAAUCAUAAAUUUAUAAAAAUCCAUUCGAAAAAUCAAAAAUGGCAGACAGAAUCACACAAUUACAAGACACCAUCAAUCAACAAGCGGAGCACUUUUGUAACAGUAUUGGUAUUCUUCAGCAAUGUUCCGUCCCCAGUCGCUUUCCCGGCUAUGACAGAUCCGGAUCGCAAACCCCCCAACAGUCUCAAGAGGAUUUUGCGCAACUUUUCUCGACGCUAAUUGUGAAAUGUGCGAAAGAUAUUGACACCUUAAUCGAAUCGCUGCCCAACGAAGACAGCAGUCAAGAGCUCCAGGUGCAAAGUUUACGAAGAUUGGAGGUGGAAAAUCAAGCGGCAGCCGAACGACUCGAAGAAGUGGUGCGAAAGGGAGAAAUGUUGCUGGAACAGAUCCAGUCGGCUUUGAGUGAUAUUGCUCAGUCACAGAUUGAAAGCAAAUUCGAAAAUGCUACGUAAAUAAAAAAAUAAAGUUUUUAAUUAUUUUAAAUUUAA